GGUAGGGUGGAGAUGGGGAGGCUAGGAGCCAGGUUGCAGAGGUUCCUUCCCAGCUCUUAUAGAGAGCUGAUGGUGGCGACAUGACCAAGGCUGCUCUGCUGGGAGGUGCACCGGGUCAAUGCAGCGGACCAGAACCGAGGGGUCAACCGACCAAGCGGGAGCGGGAGAAGGCUUGAGGGAUAACUGGCGGAGCUGGGCUCUGUGGCGAACUUGGGAGCAGUGGUGGGACGGCCCAGAUGGAGCCCGCCGACGCUUGGCAUCCUGGUGCUCUUCGCCCUCUUGGUGGGUGCCCUUGCAGCGGGGCCUGUGGCUGCUCGAAACCGGCCUCUACCUGCUGCUGUGCCUGGGCCUGUGCCAUGCUCUCUUCACCACGGGAUGCCACCUGCUGCGCUCGCUCUGGCCUGUAGUGGCCGCGGUAUGGAAGCAUCUUUUGCCAGCGCUGCUGCUCAUGGCCUUGAGUGCGCUGCCAGCCCUGCUUUUUGCUGCCUCCUUCCUACUGCUCCUUUCCACCCUACUCAGCCUGCUGGGGCUACUGACCGGAAUGACCCGGCCUGGACCUGUCAUCAGCCUCCAUGCUGGUCUCGACCCUAGCCCCAGGCCCCUCUAAGAUAAGGGAUCACCAUCUGCCCCCUAACACUGCCCCCAAUCCAGCCUUGGCCUUGAACCUGUCCUCAACCCCAUCCAAUACAAGGGACCGGCUUUGCCCCCUGCCACCA